CGACAACACUUCCGCUUUGUACGCGCUGACCAUUUUGCGUGGAUUAACGAUUCCGGUCAGAUCGUGACACUGUUUACAUUGACAAUGUGGCCGGUACGGUUUAUUAUUUUUGCGCUGGGAAUUACGUAUACCGUGGGAAUAAAUCCCGAUGCGGAGGGAAUCGAAGCCGCCCGGGAUGACAAAGUUGACGCCUUAACCGCGGCCCUGCUCAACCCCCUCCCAGCCAUCCAGAACUACCCGAAUGCUCGGGAAGCCCGCGGUUCCGGUUUCGGCAACUUUGCAUCCUUAUUCGGCGGGGGUGGCGGUGGCGGAAGCAUGUUCGGCGGCGGCGGCAGCAUGCUGAGCAACAUGUUCAGCGGCUUCACCAACGUGGUGGACCGCGUGUCUCAAGCGAUGGGCGGCCCGGCUAUGCCCAAGAACAUCAAGCAGGCCAUCGCCGACGGGCCCCGCAACCCCCUCGGCUCCUCCAACGGCCUGCAGGCCCCGCGGAUGACCCGGCCGGGACCCGACGUCUUCCGGCGCAUCGAAGAGCGGAAGAAGAAGGUCAAAGGUCACGGACGCCGCAAACGCCAGUCGGUGUCGGUGAAGGCAAUGAAGAAGUUCAACAAUCUCGGCAAGGAAGCCAUGGUGUCCAUGAAGAACACGCCCUUUACCGACGACCUGACGGCGAUCCUCCUGGGGAUCACGGAGUUCUUCUCGGGAUUGAAGAACCUGGGAAGGACCCCGGUGUCCCGGAUCAACGAGAAGACGGCGGCCUUCCAGAAUGGUGCGCAAAAAUUGGUGGAACGGGCGGAGAAUCUCCCGAAUUCCCUGUUUGGAACGAUGCGCAGUAAGCGGGAGGUCAAGAAUGACACUAAGACCGCCCCGAAGAUCGAGUAUGUCCCGGUGCCCUCCGCGAUGGUCAACGGGAAGAUUGUUCCCGUAGCGUUACCCGAAGAACUGGCCAAUGUUAUACCGAAACCGCCGGUUGAAAAUAUCCCGAUUCCUUCGGCGAUGGUCAACGGGAAGAUCGUCCCGGUGGCUCUUCCGGAGGACUUGAUGCAACCCAAAGUGCAGACGGUACCGGUGCCUUCCGCAAUGGUCAACGGGAAAAUCAUCCCGGUUGCUUUUCCUGAGGAACUGACCAAACCGGAAGUGGAGAACAUCCCGGUUCCGUCGGCUAUGGUCAACGGGAAGAUCGUUCCUGUUGCUCUUCCUGAGGAACUGACCCAGCCGAAGGUGGAAACCAUCCCGGUUCCGUCGGCCGUAGUUAACGGAAAGAUUGUCCCGGUUGCCAUUCCCGAGGAACUGGCCAAACCGGAAGUGGAGACCGUCCCGGUGCCUUCCGCAAUGGUCAAUGGAAAAAUCGUACCUGUUGCUAUUCCCGAGGAGCUGAAUAAAGCGGACAUCGAAACCGUGCCCAUCCCCUCCGCCAUAGUUAACGGGAAGGUCGUUCCCGUGGCGAUCCCAGAGGAUAUGGCCAAACCUGACUACGACGCCGUCCCGGUUCCCUCGGCCUUUGUCAACGGACGAAUCGUCCCUGUAGCGCUCCCGGAAGAACUCACCAAACCGGAUAUGGAAAUUGUCCCCGUUCCAUCCGCCCUGGUUAAUGGAAAGGUUGUCCCGGUGGCCCUUCCCGAGGAACUCACAAAACCCGAGAUGGAGACCAUCCCUAUCCCCUCCGCCAUGGUUAACGGACACAUUGUCCCGGUGGCAAUCCCCGAAGACAUCGCGCAACCCUCCGAGAACAUCCCCAUCCCCUCCGCCAUGAUCAACGGGAACAUCGUCCCGGUGGCUGUUCCCGAGGACAUGGGACAGUCGCCGGAGAUGCCUGUGCCGGUUCCUUCGGCUAUGAUCAACGGCCGCAUCCUCCCGGUGGGUAUUCCCAACGGGAUGCAGCCCCCGGUGCAGAAUAUCCCGAUUCCCUCGGCCAUGGUCCACGGGCGGUUGGUACCGGUGGCGGUGCCGGCGGAGGACGCCGAUGAUUACGAUCAGUACGAGGAGGUACCGGUUCCGUCGGCCAUGGUCAAUGGGCAGAUGAUCCCGGUGGGUCAGCCUCCCAUGAUGAUGCCGCCGCCGUCGGGAUUCCCGCUGCCCAUGGGAAUGGCGGGACGGUUGCCGAGUGAUGAUGAUAAUGAUGUGCGAAAGGAGGUGGUCAAUCAUAGUCUGCGGGAGUUGGCCGUGGCGCAUCAGGAGAACUGGUUUACGUAUUUGAGGUCACUGAAUGGCAGUACCACGGAGUGCCAUGAGUGGGAUUUUUGUCAGACGGCCCGGGCCAGUAAUUUGUUCGAGACGUCCGUCGCCAGGAAUGGCGCCAAACUUUUAAGUUACGUCGUGGCGUAUCUGCGUGACCGGCGUGACAAAGUUGGCCAUCGUCUGGCCCAAGCCGUUGACUGCUGUUUAUCGGACAACCCGCUGAUGGGUGAACGAUGCGAGAGUUAUUACCAUGAAAAAUGCCUCAAGUCCGAUCCGAAGUACGCCAAAUCGAGAGACUAAUGCUUUCUCACUUGACAAGCACACAUCAUGCUGUUUUUUUGUGUUCGCUUACCUGAUCAAUGAUCACGGUGGUGAUGUUGCGGAAGUAGAAGUGGGUCAAUGCCGGCAUGCUCAUGACUGCGCCGCGUCUGUGUACUUCGUAUCUGUAAUUAUGCAAUGGGCGAAACGGCCGAUUUGUCGGUGUCCUCUACGGCGAAUCCGCCGUCCGUGUUUACCAGAAGGUUGCUUGUUUAUUAUUUUGGUUAUGUUAUUUGUUGCUCAGUUCCUUGUAUUAAUGAUAAGAAUGAUGGUUUCUAUUAAAACAGUUACGGAUGG